AUGCAGCACCACAGAGUCUACAUCCUCGGCCCGGGCAGCAUCGGCACGUUCAUGGCCUACGGCCUCAACCGCGGGCCAGACCCGCCUCCGACCGUGCUCAUCUUCCAAGACACCGCGACCGCCUCGAAAUUCAACGAGCGCAAGACACUCAAGCUCCUCACCUCGCCCGAGCGUCCCGAGCGCAACGUCCUCGGCGUCGUCGGCAUCUCCGUCGACGCGCUCUACUACCUCCCGCUCACGAUCGAGAACCUCGUCGUCUGCACUAAAGCCCACCAGACCAUCAACGCGCUCAAAUCGGUCGCCUACAGACUCCUCCCGACCUCCACCGUGCUCCUCAUGCAGAACGGCAUGGGCCUCCUCGACGAAAUCUACCGCGAGAUCUGGCCGAACCCGGCUCUCAGACCGCGCAUCAUGAUCGGCAUAAACACCCACGGCGUCACCCGCACUUCCACCCUCGGCGUCGUCACCCGCAACGGCUCCUCCGGCCUCACCUUAUCCUCCAUCCUCAAAGACUACGAAGAACAGGCCCCGCCCGGACACUACGAUCUCCUCGACUACACCUACCACAACAAGUUCGUGACGCGCUUAAUCGAGUCCCCGAUCCUCGGCGCGCGCGAGGUAAGCUACAGCGACCUUCUGCGCACGCAGGUGCAGAAAAUGGUCGCAAACUGCUGCAUCAACCCGCUGACCGCGAUCCUCGACGUCCCCAACGGCCACAUGGCGAGCUCAAAGUACAUGCGCCGCGCGAUCGUCGCCAUCAUCCGCGAGACCGUCAAGGUGCUCGACGUGCUACCGGAGAUCAAAGCCACUUUCUCGACCUACGAGCGCGAAGGGAUGCUCGACGUCGCGCAGCUGAAGGAGUACGUGUAUUCGAUCGCGCGGCAGACGGCAGAAAACACGUCGUCGAUGCGGGCGGAUAUCCUUGCCGGACGGACGACGGAGAUCGAUUACCUAAACGGAUACAUCGCGGCGUCGGGACGCAAGUACGGCGUGCAGACGCCGAUUAAUAGCUAUCUCGCGCAUAUUGUCAAGCAUAAAACUAGCAGCGAUGGGAAUGAUAUGAUAUACUCUCCGGGCUCGGUCGUUCAGACGAUUUUGUCGGAGGAUAGGGAGCUUGUUACGCCUGAGGCUGAGGCGGUGUCAGAGGACAGCGAUCCUGCUCCUCCUGAGGCCGAGGCAGGAUCCACGGAAGACAGCAAGAAAGUUGCAGAAGCAGACGAUGCGUUUCGGGAGGCGAGCGAGGCGAGCGAGGUGGAAGAUAGAUCGGUAGCAUAA